UUUUGUUGAGGAUCUACAAUCUUAUUGCUGAUUUGGUUGGAUGCUACCGGUACCGGUACCAUUGCCCACAGUCUUUGACCGACAACUCGGUUAACAGAUUGAUUCAAACAAUGAUGAAGUCGUUGCCUAUCCUUAGCGACUACUGGAAAGAUGACUUCCAGCCACUGCAGGACGCGGGGAAGGACGUCCUAGCUGCUUUGCGAGAAGACGAGAAUGCCGAUGAUGCCGAUCUUUUUGGUCGGAUUCGCGCUACCGAUACGGGUGGUCAUCAGUACUUUGCUUCCGCAGACAAUGCCCAAACGAGCACGCCUCCCAUUGCAACUGUUGGAUUACUUGCACCAGGCAUACCUGUUGCAACCACCAACGCUAUAGUGCCUGGAUUGACGACGAGUCCCUUGGGUUCAACGCCCUCGCCACGGCAGCCGCCAACUGUUACUCUUCAUCAUGAAAGAUCGGAACCUCUCCCAGCUCUAAUGGCACAACAGCUGCAAAAUGUGAGGACUGCCAGCCUAAUGGGCCUCUUGCCCGAGGCAGAGUUGGCAUGGAUGACAGUUGACGACAAGUUAUUUGUCUGGCCCUGUGCGGAUAGUGCCUCUGGGGAUGGACCUGCCUUUUGUUCGUUUACAGUGCCAAAUGGACAGUGUGUGUUGAGCGUGGGAAUUGUUCGCCCGAAACGGGGCGUCUUUCGACCUUCUGUGAAAUGGUGUCUGGUGGUGACAACUGCCGACGAAGCAAUUCUCUGCGCCUUGGCUGAACCUAGCGACAAUGACAGCCAGUGGACCAACAAUGGAGAGGCUCUGAUGCAUCGGAAUGGAUCAUUGCGACUUGUGCCUACUCUUUUUAAUGUUCCCACAGACCGUGUACGAAUGCUGAGUGUCUGUGGGACCUCUGAUGGACGGAUUUUCUUGGGUGGAGAAGAUGGUUGCCUUUACGAAAUGACCUAUGAAAUCCCGAUCAAUAAUCAUUCGGGAGGAAGUUUCAAUGCAACAAGGGCAAAUACUGUUGAUCAGCAGCUAGAACAGUUCUAUGACCAUGGGGAAAUUAUCCCGCCGACAAUCAAAGACGAAAGUAAAAAGAUGCUCAACAAUUGGGCCCUUGCUAAUGGAAAGAGAGCUCUAUCUGCUAUUCUCCCUGGGCGCUCCAGCUCGGGACAACGGCCCAGGAAGUGCCGAAAGCUCAAUCAUUCAAAGCAAAUACCAGCUUCAGUGAGCGCCUUGGUCCCAGAAUUUCUUACCAAGGCGACAUCUCUCGUCCUGGGGGCGGGCAAAUCUCCGUCCAAGGGGGGAAGUAUUGUCAAGAUGCUGGUGUGCGAGGAACGAUCGUGUCUUUAUACCCUCGGGAGCAAAGGAUGGAUCUGUGCUUUUAGCUUGAAGAGCAAAGACCAAAACAACCCUGCCAAGCUACUCGCUGUCAUGAACACGCCUGAAGUGGCACGAUUGUACCUGGAUGCUGUAGCACGGCAACGCAUAAACCCGCCAUCUAGCGAAAUUGCGUUUGGUUCAUCUGCCCCUCACGGAGUUGGCGGCAUGGACGGAGCAAGACAAAUUCUUUCACUUUCCAAGUUGGGGGAGAGCGCAGCGAAUGUUCUGGUUCCAAUCUCGCUGCAUGUGGUCCCACAGAAAGAGAGCUCGAAGAUUACCCUCAUUGCAGUAACUCGUGGCGGGCUCCGGUAUUACAUCUCGUCCCUGUCUUCACACGCGUUGAAUUCGGGUCCCCCCAGAAGCACCGCUCUCACCAUGGCGACGGGCAAGCUAACCUUGUGUCACAUCCGAGCCCCCCCACCUCUUGUUCCCAGCGAUCGCUCCCAGGACAUGGUUAUUGCCAUGGAUGGUGACCAGCGCUUGGCCAUGGGAGGAUUCGUCCCCAGAGUUGGACUAUCGGGAAAAUUGCCAAACGUGGACGCGAGUUUCUGGGGCGAUGGAUCCACGGUGCUCGCUAUUCGGAAAACUAAAAAUCAGCAGUCUAGGUCCCACCAGGGGACACCCGAAGACUCAUUUGGUGACCAAGUCGUUGCAAUGUCUUCUGACUUUGUUCUCCGGAAAAGUACGACAACCACAGGCGGAAUCAUCAAGACUGUGCCUGCAGGAGGUGUUAGUGAGACCUUGUCGCUCCCCCUGGGACAGCGCCCGUCGGCUGAUGAUAGUGGAGCGUCUCUCCCUGGCGGCAUCGUGUCAGACAUUGCACAGCUAGCACCAUUGGACAGCCAUGUCCUAAAGCUUGCGCUGCAUUCGCGAACGCCUACGGACACCGAAUUGAGCGUAGGCUUGGUUCCAGAGUUUGUCCCUGGCGAGAGUCGGGCAUCCCGCAGCUCCAAGAAGGCUCAGGAUGCGAAGCAAAGUGGUGAAGUUGCGUUGAGAAGGAAUGUCAGUCUAACUUCGUCAGCCUUGAUGGUGGCGAUGAACGUCAUCCCUUCAUUAAUCCUCUCUCGACCGCUGCGUAGUACCAUUCCCUUCCAGAACACGAUAUCGGGAGCAACACAGUUAUCAAGGGCCGUGCCACGGCGUUUCCGCAUCUCUAACAGGCGUGGUGUUGGUGGCUUCAGUCUCUCUUCCGCUGAUAUGCCAUCAAGGGAGAAGCCUAGUUCUUCACAAUUGAAGUCGCCGAGGUUGAACCCAUGGCUACUGCAACCAGCGGUUGCUCCCCUGAAUCAACUCUCAAUUCAACACUUGCUGCCUAAAAAACAAAUGGUUGUGAUGAAUGCUGGAGGGCUGCACUAUUUCCAGUUCAGUUCUGUUUUGAGUGCCUUCGAAAAGGCGUUGCGUUCUGCCGGGGAAAAUGUUGAAACAGAUGAAUGCGUUUCCAGUUUCUUCAAGGGAUAUGGAUAUGCCGAAGGCUUUGCCAUGUGUGCCGUGUUGGCCUCUGGAAUGGGAGGCUUGUCAUUGGCUGCAAACAACGACUUGAAACUACUCGCAGAGCGGGCUGCUCUGUUCCGGAUGAACAAGUCAAGCCUCAAAAAUGUUGUAGCGGGGGAUGUUGGUUUCAUCCCAGAGUCUGCCCCGGGGAUGGACCAGCUUCUUCCAAGUGGGUACUCAUUCGAGCCAUCGUCUCUCUUGUGCGGGAUAAACAAGGUCGUGGCUCGGUUGUUGCGUCCUGUGUGGCACAAGCCACUUGUGGUUGUGACAGAAGGCCGCACCGUUGUUCUCGAAUGGAGCUCGACGCGGCGAUUGACUCCAGCGAAAGUUGAGUUCCUACUUGAUGGUCACACUCUCUCACAGAUUCAGAAUGAUGUCAACGCCAUGGCUGAACUAAUGAAGCGAUGGUUCAGCGAAACCAUUGAAUUUGUUCCUGGAGUCCUGACAAAGCAGAGCCACGUGAUGGACAUCGAGGAAGAUGGUACGCUGCAGACUCUGGCCAUGACAGAGGCCCAAAGUCGCCAAAGCCAGCUAUGGCAGAACACGAACAACGCCCAACUUCCAGACAAGGAGAAGGACAGGAUUGCAAGGCUCACAGAGCAGAGGAAACUUCAUUCACUGUAUCGACUCGUGUCUCGGUCUAAUCAGCUCCUGCGGUUAUUCUCUUUGCUUGUCAGAGCUCACGAAACCCGUGGGCUCCCGGAGGUGGAAUGGGGAUACCUACAUGGACUGACAGUAUCUCAGUUGGCGCUGUCACGCGACGGGCAAGAUCGAAUUGACAAAUUGGUCAAUCAACUUAUUGUUGCCGAUGAGGUUUCUCAAGAACAGUUGGUUCCCUCCAACGAAGCCGACAAUCUCGCAGCGGAAUUCUCUACUCAGAGUUACCUGUUCUUUUCACCUGGGUCCUACUAUGCCUAUUUGGGCCUUAGCUUUGGACGGCGUGCAAAGGCGCAGCAUCCCACGUCGCCUCUCUACACUGAGUUGACGGUCAAGGCAGCCAAACAUUUUUAUGAAGCAUCGAAGCACUGGCACAACAGCGCCCUCGUGUGUGGUCACUCUUUGCAUACAAAGGAGCAGGACGGAUAUGUCGUUGUCGUUCAGUCGGCGCAGGCGGGUGGGAGUCCAGUUGCAAAAGCUGCAGCGAUGCUUGCGAGCUUGCGGCAAGUUGACGCAUUGGUUGACGUUUGCUUGCAAACCGCGAAGAACUUCACCGCUUCAAAUGGUGGUCGACGGGACCGACAUGUGAAAAGAAAACUUGCCUGGGAGAGCGAACUUUACCAUCACAAGAGGCCCGAGGCAACCAACGGGUCAACACCAAAAGUACUGGGCAAAAAUGUAACUUCCAAAGAUGCCAUAACAACCUGCCGGUCGCUGAUCUUCUACCACAUCACAAUGGCUCUAAAAAAUCCUGGGGAUUAUGCCCUCGGAGUCCAAAUGCUCUCCAGGUGCGCCUCGGAGACAGACAAAGAGUUCCUUCACGAGUUGUUUGGGGUUGUGGCCGAGAGUGGACACAGCGAAACUCUGAUCAAGGUUCGAAGCAACGCUCUUGAAGAGUGGUUGUCCCUGAACAAUCGUGAUCUACUCUAUUCCUACUACACCGAAUUCGGUCGGUUAUCCGAGGCCGGGAACAUAGCGUUUCAAGACGGCACCGACAACACAAAGCCCACGCCUCUGGCAAAGCGCCUUGAAAGUCUAACCAGAGCUUUCGGUGCGUAUGAAAGUGCAGCAGGAAGUCAGGGGAAUCGAGGGAAUUUCUACCACGUGCAGAACGAAUUCACACAAAAAAGGGAUCAGGCCCGCGAUUGGUUCGACAUGGGAAAGCUUCAAAGUCGAAUCCUUGAGGAGUUGUCGCGGCAGACAACUGAACAAUUCGAUGAGAGGGAAGAGUUGAGCUUCAAUCUGGUGGACGCGAGUCGCUUGUUUGACGUUGCCAGUAAACAUGGCCUGUCUCAUAUUUGUGUCCUGUUGAUGGCCCAAUGCGGUUCGGACGACAACAUUCAUGUCUUGACAAUGUGGAGAAAUGUUUUCUGCGGUUGGAUCUUCGUAAUUGCCACACGAAACGAGGACUUGCGACAGUGGUUGAUUCAGUUCCAUGCCGAGUAUUCGAAGGAUCCCCUGGUUGAGCUUGUAACAGGGACUUCCGAAUCAACGAUCCCUUUGUUCGAGGAAGGGAAAUGGGCCCAAAUUUUGGAACAAAAGAUGAUUAGUCUUGGAAGGGAGGUCCUGACUGCUGGUGCGGCAAAGUAUGUUCCGGUCGAAUCUCUGCUGCGCGAGUUGGAAGAAUUGAGACUCAAAUAUGGCGAAGUUGCUCUCGAGGGGGCUGUUCGUUUGGACCCAGGAUGGUCACUUCAGAUUUUCUUGGAAAUUGGCGUUCCCUAUGUGGACGUGUUGCGCGGUUGGGAAGCUCUGCAUGCUCAAGAACGAAACGCGUUACGACUGACUGCUGCAGGUGGCGAUGGGGCACAUUAUUUGGAUAGGUACAGAGGCAUUCUAGUUGUCCUCGAGAUUUGGUUGACGAAGGCUGCUGCUGACCAAAGGUCGAAGGAAGAGCUCUCCAGAGCUGUGUUUUCUUCGAAUCUCUACGAGUCAAUCCGGACUUGGAAACACGAGUUGGAGCGUGCAGGGGUUUCCAAUUUGCAGCACUCGUUGGAAGAGGUCGAGAAAGAAAUUCGCAUGAUGGACCCGCGCUACUAAUUUGCACGAGGACAUGAUUGAAACCAGAUUAAGACAAAGACAAACUAAAGCGGAAAGCAGUGCCGUGUCAUUGUUGAAGUAGAAGAAUAGUUGCCAUCACCAAGUCGUUCGAGUCUUGAUGCGGCCCUUUGACGUUCGGGA